AUGAAAACGGCAGCAGACAAGGCUCGUUUCGCUACUUGGCUGCUGGAAACAUGGCCUGAAAGACCAGAUAUCUGCUAUCACCACGACCAAGUAGUUCCCAGUGUGCUGGAAGAUGAAUUGGCCCAGUCGCCACCACUUGCUAUCCAUGUGUCGUCCUUCAGCUGGACCGAUGGCUGUGGGGUGAAACCUGCUCCAGGACGUGAUUUGGCUUUGGGCCUCAUGGCAAUGUACCUCAAGGAUGGCUUCAUAACCAGCGGAGAUGUGAUUCUGAUGGCUCAGCCAUUGGCAGUUGAGAAGGCAGCUGGUCUUCCCAGCCUUUGGGGAUCUGAAGAGUCAGCACUUAAGCCUUUUAGCCUGGGAUAUUUGAAAGGACGUGCUCGACUUACCAGUCUCUUCGCUCUUCUUUUGUCAGUCUUUGAAGAAGAGGUCUCCUUGGAUGACUUGAAAAGCUUCUGCCCGAAGUUAUUCGAUUCCGUCUCAGUCAUUUGGGUUCAGCAUAUGCGGCAAAACAGCAAGGAAGAUGAGGUCUUGUGCAACCUGAAGUUGAGCACGAGAGGAUCCCUUAGAAAGGCAGCCAACCUCAUCCAAAUUGCCUUCAUGGUCAGACGUCUGUUGGCUUCAGGAGGCACCGACUACACUACUUUCCUGCGAAAGUACAACCAGCAGUCUGUUGCGGCUCACCAACUUCGCGGUCGCAAGCAAACUGCACUGAAGCUCCUCUUCGAAAGCGCUCCCAAGGACGUGCUGGAUGAGAUCCUCAACCAUGUUGGAACUCUUGGAUGGGAGAAUUGUGCUUGGACUGAGGAGAAUUUGGCUUCAAAACGUCUCUUCCCAGGACACGUUUUCCCAGCCAAGAACAGGAAGUGGCAACAGAGAUUGAGAGUCAGCGACAGGUCCUUGAGAAUUAUGGUUCUCAGGAUUCACUGGGAGCAGGAGCACCAGUCUUGUGAGAAGUGCAGCCAGAAGAAGCCGGAUGACAGAGCUUGUGAGCUACUGGCUGAAAAAGCAGCUUGCCUCGUUUCCUUAGCAGAUGAGUUUUGCUCUGAGCAUCCCAUCACCAUGGAGACAGUCCAGAAGAAGAUACUGGAUGAGUGGUCCUCUGGAUGCAAGCGCAUUGACAUGGAGCUGGCCGCGCAGUUACUGGAGAAGUCCGAAUCCUUUGCCAUUGCGACCCACAUGCCUUGUUUCAAGGCUUUGCUGGAGGAAUCUCUUUUUCGUGCGCCGGUGUCUUCUUCCCAAGAGGUGGAAAUGCGAGACAAGCUGAAGAGAGAUGAGUUCGACCAUGUUGUGAAGAAAAUGGACUAUGACAUCAAGGUCUUCGAAAUUUGGCAAUCGAAGGUCGCAUCAGUGGCAAUGGCUCGCCAGCAUGCGAAGCAGGAACAUGUCGUUUCUGAGCACAGGAAAAUCGUGGAAUCAGUGGAAGCCUAUCUUGAUGGUUGUGUUCGCUUCCUGUGCUGGGAAGGAGUCAACAAGGGAAGUGAUAGCAUCGUUCCACAGGUCCUCUUAUUUCGCAUGGAAAUUUUGAGAAAGCUACGCAACCAAAACACAGCUGGUGCAGCUGCAGAUGUUCCUACCUUGGUCCUCAUGAAUUGGACCGCACCCUGUCUGUUUCCAGCUGGACGGCAGAAUGAUCACAUCAACUGCCUUGCGUGGGCGUUGCACGACAAUACCAACUCGGCUGCAAUCAUUUUCGCACCUACCUUUUCGUACCAGAAAGGAAAAACAUUCCUGGAGGAAAAUGCGUGCAUGCAGCUUCUGGCACAAGGAGGGCACAACUUGGACCAUCAGUUCAGCGUCUUAUUUUCUGACAGAUGCGAUCAGAGAGACAGCCGACCUCUGCUUUACCCUGCUCGUUGGGCCUUCCCAGGUCAUGUGGUUGACCUUGGAAAGACAAAUGCCUUCUUUCAGUCGGAGCUUCGCAAGGCUGGGCGAACUGAUCCUUGCAAGCAAAUGGUCGCCAAGGACUUGAAGGAAAUGGAAGACAUGGCUGAUGACAGCCUCCCAAGCACAACUUCAAGCAAUCACAUCUCUGGAGCAGCCAAGCAUUGUCAGUUUGGCCGUCCUGCUGCAGAAGAGGUCUUUCGCAAGGCCUUCAACCAAGUUGACCUGGAGAAAUUUCCAGCUGUGCUGAUCGUGGACCUCUUCCCCCGAGUUGGUGAUUUUGCAGAUGCUUUUUGCCGCCUCCGGACCCAAUUGAAUGCUGGGACCAGCUUGUUCUACAUUGGUGUCGGAGAGAAGGCCAAAGAAUUGGAAUGGCUUCGCGCGACUUUGCUCGAAGAGUUGGUGGAGAAAGUGAAGCUGGAAGGCUUUCAAAUUCCUGGUGCUCAGCCAUUUCAGAAAGAAGUCAACCCAGACCUCCUGGAUGCACUUCCCGCAAUUCCAAUUACCAAUCUUCUUGUUGUGAAAGGUGAAGGUGAAGAUCGAAGUCUGGUGCUGCCAAAGCACUUGAUGCUGAAGUGGCGUUCUGAUGAAGAUUUCGGCGAUGAAUUUUCCAAGUGUCGAGUGGAGGAAGUGCCUGCAGAAUGCUUGCUUCCUUGUGACAAAAUUGCAGAGACGCUUCUAUUUGAGACGAAGCUUGGAGGAAAAGAUACCAUUGGAUUCCAGAUCCGCACCAACCACCAGCUCUAUUUGGUCAACCAGACCUCCCAUGAGCUCAGUCUCAAAGCAAUGUCGCCUUUGGUUGGAUUUGGCAGGGGAUCGUUCAAGUUGUUCAAGGAAGGUGACACACUACCUGAGAAAGCUUUGCUUUUUCACAUUGCUUCCUCAGAUGCCUUGGUUUGCCUCAACGGUGCUGUGCAGACAAUUUCAGAAGUGCUAUUCAACCAAAGAAAAAUCAAGCCUGAGGCUACUGUCUGCUACCACAAGGCUACACCUUCUGGGCAAAAAACUGAUGGCCAGACAUUGUUUGACUUCAAGUUGACCCACAAAAUUUGCUUUGUGCCGCCGACGAAACGAGAUGGAGCAGAUGAAGGAGCAGAAAAACCCGGCAAAGAAGAGACUAUAUCCUUCACCAACAUCGCCUCACGCGAAACAGCUGGUACUUUUUGUGAUUUGCAAUGCGCAAGUCUGAUUUGGCAUGUGCGCUGGACAGUCAAGGGGCUGCAGCCGCUGAAGCCCAUGAUCCAUUUAACCAAAAAGCUUUGCCUUGCUGCAGGUCAGUGCUGCAAACUCAAUAAGCAAUGA